UCAUUAACCAUUAACAUACACCUACAUCAUUUGGAUAGAGCUUUUUUCUUAAAUUAUUUUCAUCAUUGAUCAAUCAAUCAUUUCAUCGAUUCAUUGGAUGAACAUUAUUUUUGUAUGCUUAGAUUAGCAACAAAACGCCAAACAAAAUCAUAUACUUAUCAUCGAAUCAAUUCCUAUCAUCCAACAUCAUUAUCAUCAUCUAAAAUGUUUAACUCCUAUGUUAUUCUGACCUUAUUGGUCUUCAUCAAUCUUAUCAAUUAUAUGGAUCGAUUCACUAUAGCCGGUGUUUUAGAUGAUAUUCAAAAAUAUUUUGAUAUCAAUGAUGCUAUCGGUGGUCUAUUACAAACAUCAUUUAUUGUUUCCUAUAUGAUAUUCUCACCGUUAUUUGGAUUUCUUGGUGAUCGAUAUUCACGAAAAUAUAUAAUCAUAUUUGGCGUAACAUUUUGGUCAACAAUGACAUUAGCAUCAUCUUUUGUUCAACCACAUCAUACUUAUUUAUUUUUCUUAUUUCGUGCCUUAGUUGGUAUUGGUGAAGCGAGUUAUGCUACUGUUGCUCCAACAUUAAUUGCCGAUCUAUUUAUCGGUAAUAAACGCUCAACAAUGUUGGCAGUUUUUUAUUUCGCAAUACCUGUUGGUUCCGGUCUUGGAUAUAUUGUCGGCAUUCUAAUGUCAGAAGCAUUUGGUCAUUGGACAUGGGCUCUUCGUUUUACACCUCUUUUCGGAAUACUUUCGACUUUCGGUUUUUUGUUCGUAAUCGAACCUGUACGUGGUGCUGUUGAACAAGCAAAUUUUAAUCGUCCUGAACCUGAUACAAAUAAUGAAAAUUCAUUUGGUUCAAUAAUCCAAAGUUUAACCAAAGAUAUCAAGUAUUUAAAAUCGAUACCAACAUAUCUACUUACAACUUUUGGUUUUACUUGUGUGUGUUUUUCAGUCGGUGCCAUUUCAUGGUGGGCACCAACGUUCAUGCAGACUGCCAAUGUUGAUACAUCAAAAGAAAAAAUCGGUUUGAUAUUUGGUGUCAUUGCCUGCUUGGGUGGAUUAUCUGGUGUUCUAAUCGGCUAUUCAAGUUCACGUUAUUUCCGUUCCAUAUAUCCUUACGCUGAUUCAUGGGUUUGUGCAAUCGGUGUUGCCCUAUCAAUUCCAUGUAUUUUGUUGAGCAUCGCUCUUGCCCGUCAAUCACCCACUAUUUCUUGGUUUGCCAUUUUUUUAGGCGUCACUUUCUUAUCGACCAAUUGGUCGGUAGUUGUUGACAUUCUAUUGUAUGUGAUCAUACCACAACGUCGUUCGACUGCUCAAUCACUUCAGAUUCUUACUUCACACAUUCUUGGCGAUGCUUCCAGUCCAUUCAUAAUCGGAGCGAUAUCUGAUGCGUUUAAUUCAAAUGAUGAUAAAUUUCGUAGUCUUUCGUUUGCGCUCUAUUUAACACCUAUCAUACUUGUAUUUGGAGUUUUAUUUUUUGGGCUGAGUGCAAAAUUCAUAUUAAAAGAUGAACAACGAUGUAAACAAAUGAUCUCAAAAGGUGAUGGUGGCUCUGGUAUGGAAAGUUCAACCAAUUCAGAAAGUAAUUAUGGUAUUGAUCUUGCUAAUAAUAUUUUUAGCAAAAAUAGUUUUACUGAUGCUAAUGAUAAUAUAAUGAAAUUUCCAAAUCAACAGACUGAUAUAGGAACUCGAAAAAAUCAAGUUGAUAUCGGUUUUAUUAAUAAUCUUUAUCAAUAUAAUAAUGAUAAUUGAUUUUUAUUGCAUUGAAGAAUUUUGAAGAAUUUAAAACUAUCAUUCUAUCUAUUUUA